CGCAGAGGGGGUGGGGUGAAAGGUCGCAGCGCAGCGGCGGGUCUGGCUGGUGGCGGCGGCGGGCGGGAGCCGAGUUCCCGGUGUGCACGUGUGGAGAAGCGACGGCACCAGCGCGGCGCCGAGAGACACUCCGACCGUCUCCGGAGACGCAAGGCCGCGCUCGACUCUCGCAGCCUCCGUCACCCGCUCAGCUCCCUGCCCUCAGCGAGGAGGCCGGCUUGUGGGUGUUGAGUGGCUCGAGCUUGAGGGCACGGAGAGCUCAGGGCGGCGACGACAACGGCGUUGAUAUCCUUCUUAACAACGGCCUCUGCAGGCGGGGAAGAUGAAAGGUAGCCGGAUCGAACUUGGAGAUGUGACACCACACAAUAUUAAACAGUUGAAGAGAUUAAACCAGGUCAUCUUUCCAGUCAGCUACAAUGACAAGUUCUACAAGGAUGUGUUGGAGGUUGGCGAGUUAGCAAAACUUGCCUAUUUCAAUGAUAUUGCAGUAGGUGCUGUGUGCUGUAGGGUGGACCAUUCACAGAAUCAGAAGAGACUUUACAUCAUGACACUAGGAUGUCUGGCACCGUACCGAAGGCUAGGAAUAGGAACUAAAAUGUUAAAUCAUGUCUUAAACAUAUGUGAAAAAGAUGGCACUUUUGACAACAUCUAUCUGCAUGUCCAGAUCAGCAAUGAAUCAGCGAUUGACUUCUACAGGAAGUUUGGCUUUGAGGUCAUUGAGACAAAGAAAAACUACUAUAAGAGGAUAGAGCCAGCAGACGCCCAUGUGCUGCAGAAAAACCUCAGAGCCCCUUCUGGCCAGAGUGCAGAUGCGCAGAAGUCAGAUAACUGAGCGAAUCACAGGAACUUUCUUGCACUUGCUUGUCGCCAAAUAAAAGAGAGGCCUAUUGAUUUCCCCCCUCUUUCUUUUAAGGCUUUCCUCCCUCCUUGUUCUUGUUUUUCCUUCUUUCUUUUCUUCCCUUUCCUCUAAAAGUUUUAAUACUUUCAAGAAUUUUUAAAAUUAAUCAUGUUUGGAUUGUUUUCAUUGUCUUAUUUUUGUGAGGUGGUUUUUCAUUGUAGGAAGGAGACGGUAUAGAUCUUUUAGUUUCACAGUUAAGAUAUAUGGUCCCAAAAAUUGGGGUGUGAGUUCAAAAUUUUUAGCUUUUUUUUUUUAAUGUACUGCUUUCACAUUGAAGGGCAGGGCCUACAAAAUAUUGUAUAUUUCAAAAGACAAAGAAGCAGCACCAAUAUCUUGUUCUCUAAUUCAUAGACAAGUUAGUGUUUGUGGUACUUUGGGUGUUUCCAGACUGUGGGAUACUAAUCCCUAGACAUUGCCUUCACGUCCCCUGUUGUCCUUCUGAGUACUCUCUCAGGAGUUGGACCAUUGAUACCCUUGAAAGAAAUACUAAGCUUAUUUUGUUUGUUUUUUAGGGGAUUAUUUUUUCUUUCCGAACUGGUGGAUGGAGGGUGGUUGGGACAGUUUGGGUGGAUAGUGUUAUACUUUGUCUCAGUAUUUGAGUUAAACUGCUUUUGCUAAUGAGAGAACAGGUUGUUAGCCGGUUUAUUUUUCCUGCUGUUGAUUGUUACUAGUAGCAUUAACUUUUAGAGUGUGGGCUGGUGAGAUUAAUUUUUUUUAAUAUCCCAGCUAGAGAUAUGGCCUUUAACUGACUUAAGAGGUUUGUUGUGAUUUACUUUUUUCCCUUCUGUCCUUUUUCUUCAGUAAACCCGUAAAAGGCUAACCUUAAAAACUGAGUUGAUGUCCUUGUAGAUCGAUACCCUUAAAUAAACCUGUAGCAGGUGUUAUUUCUUGGACAUAUUAAAAAAAUACUUAAAAGGAAGCUUAAAUGGACUUGUGGCACAAUAAAUGCAUAUAAUGUGAGCCAAUGCAGGCUGUUAAAAGUGGCCACUGAGCAUUUGAUUACACAUAUAGGAAAGAAUACGAGACAGUAUUUUUUGAGAAUAACAUAGCUGUGCUAUUAUUGCUUAUCUGUUGGAGAACAUCCCAGAUUUGCUUAUAUUCUGUGCCUAUGAUAGUGAGUGAUGGUGAGUUUAUGGAAUUGGGGGAGAGGGAAUUGUUAAACAUACUGCUUCUAUUCUUGGAAAAGUAGAAGUCUAGAAGUGUUAGUAAUGUAAACGUCACUGUGACCUCCUUUACUGACAGGACUCGUUUAUGCCAAAUCAUUUUCUGGCACAUAGGGAGUGACUUUGACGGGUUGAUAACUUUUUAUAAGAUAGAAGACAUCUGAAAUUUUCAUGUUUCCCUCCAGAGUCCCAGAUCCAAUAUUUAUAGUUUUCUUAAGUUGCCAAUACUGGUCGCCCAAGAAAUGUUCUCAUCAGAGUUUAAAACAAUGCACAGGGCUUUAAUUUUCUGUCAUUUGACUUUAAAAGGAAGUUAAUUCAUAUUUAUCCUCAUGUAAAUUCUGAUAUAAAAGUCUCAUCUCUAAAUAUGUUAAAUGACAAAAUUAUUUUACACAUUGUGUACAUUUUAUAAUCUUGAGUUCUUAUUUGAGAAUGUGAAAGUACAAAGUAUAAUAGACUUCAAUAGUCUUAAUUGAGUGCCAAGAACAAUACAGAAAAGGAAGGUAGCUGAUGAGUUUAUAGGGUUCUAAUCUUGAGAUAGUAAAAAUUUAGAAAUACCAUCCUGGUUUCUUGGGUAUCUGUUUCUUAAGGAGUCCAAAUAUAAGCUUAGAAGAAAAGUUUAACAUUAAGCAUCUUUACCUUCAUGGAUAAGCAUCAGCUUGCUCUUGCCAAGAGAAGAGUUACUUGAGUUGCAGAAGGCAUAAUUAGUUUGAAGAAUUCAGCCUUUUUGUAAAUUUCCGUAUGUCAGAAUAGAUUUGAUACAUAAAUGAGUUUUCCGAGAUGACACUGCCUCUAUUUCUAUAACCAUUUCACCUGGACUAUCUAAAAGUCCUAUGAAUGUAUCCCUAAAUGUGGUUAUUGAAAACCGAAUAGCUGCCUCAUGACAAUUUAAGUACAUGUUAUUUAAGGAGGAAAAUACUAAAAUUUUGAAUUGAGUGUGUAGGCUCCCUAUUAUUACAGUGCUUCUUUUCCAUGUUGGUCAGUGACUUUUACUUAAAUUGUAAAUGUCUGUAAAGGGUUAUUUGUCCCACAUCAAACUUGUGUUAAAUAAUUCCAUCCACUUACGGAGGAGGAUGCAGGAGGGAUAGAAGCUGCACACUGCUUCAUAUGCUUGGGAGUCAGUAAAGACUGAAAUAAUGUCCCAUAUUGAGUUGGUUAUUAUAAAAUACAGUGAAAAUUAUCAUGAGGUAAAAAAAUUAUUUUAACUGAAAGAUCACGGGAUAUAUCCAUAUUUUGAGGACAGUUUUUACUGUAGGGUAAAUAAGAAUUAUACUGUGUGGUAAUUGCAUUUAGGUUCUGAAGAAAAAAAUCUGCAGAGAAAUCUAUGCAAUAUAUAACUUGUCCAGAUUAGUUUUCAUUUGGGGGAAGAAGUUCUGCAAUAUUCCCAAAGCAGUUUACUCAUCAAUUGAAAGUCCUCCAAAAACAGAACUUGGGAAACCGUGGUAUGUGGGGUGGAAAAGAAAAGCUCCCUCAUUUUUUUGGAGGGAAUAACUAUAAAAAUACUUAAAUGGCUAAGUUUAUUUGGUGCAGUUAAGAAUUAAACUUGUUAAUUUUAACAUUGCUGUUACAUCUGAAAUAAACGAUGUGAUGUUCUGGUAGUAA